AGUGUCACCGUGCACGACACCGAACUGCCCUCUCCCACGAGCGACACCGAAACUCGUCUAUCUGCACCGCAAGAAGCACAUAUCUCCAUCCUAUCGCAGACAGCUCAGCCUUGCAGGGCAAGUCCCUCGUCCUAGGCCUGACUUGUUGCGCCAGGAAAGGAUGUGAAAGGAUCACUGUCACGAUACGACGGAAACACCGCCAUAAUGGCAUCAGAAUCACGCCAUGUGCCCUCACACUUGCACUCGAACCUCGCCGCGCGCGGCGUAAAUCCCGAUGCCGCUCAAUCCCACCGCUCCCAUGGACACGAACACCUCGAGCACGACCUUAAUGGCGCCGGACACGGACAUGAUGAGCUCUGCCGCCAUAAUCACGAUCACGACGUCAGUCUGAAAAGGGAUGGACGAGAGGACCAGGAGCAUAACAUCUCCCUUCACACCUCCGCCAAACACGCCGAGAUGACCAUCGCUCCCUUCCUCACCAAGCAUAUACCUAUGCAAUAUAACCCGAUAGGAGACGAACACAAUACUCAGGAAGCACGGCCUGAAUCGCACGACAGUCGGAAGCCGAAUACAAAGUUCUGCUAUCGACAUCGACCUGAUCUCAAGUGCCGACGGCAAGCGAAUGAGCCAUCCAUGGAGCAGCUUCAGGAUGAGCUGGCAAGUCUGUCACAAGCCGAUCAGCAGGCCAUCUCCCACGUCUGGUCACUAUUCUCCGCCGCUCCCGCAAAGCAUCGCAACAUGAUGCUUCAGGGUAUCCUCACACAGUGCUGCUUCCCGCAGCUUUCCUUCAUAUCCGCCAACAUCCGCGACCUCAUCAAAAUCGACUUCCUCGCUGCCUUACCCUCCGAGCUGGGGUUCAAAAUCUUAUGCUAUCUCGACACGACAUCCCUCUGCAAAGCAUCUCAGGUCAGCCAAAGAUGGCGGUCACUAGCCGAUGACGAUGUGGUUUGGCACAAGAUGUGCGAGCAGCACAUUGAUAGGAAGUGCGUCAAGUGUGGAUGGGGUUUACCGCUGCUGGAGAGAAAGAGAUUGAGAAUUGAGAAGAGGCAAAUACAGCUACGAGCUACUGGGAGAGGGCUGAAUCAAUGGUCUCCCGACAUCACACCGAUACCUGAAGAUGCUAGAUCACUGGAGGCUGGACCAUCCUCGGACGCUGGAUCUAUAUCACCGGAAAUUUCCAAGAAACAGCGGACGUCAUCCAUGCAAGACAUGUACGAUGGCAUCAAGGACGAUUCCUACUUUGCACCUCGAAAGCGUGCGUGGAAAGACGUCUACAAAGCUCGCUUCAAGGUCGGCACGGCGUGGAAAUAUGGCCGAUGCAGCACCAAGGUCUUCAAAGGCCACACCAACGGCGUCAUGUGCCUGCAGUUCGAUGAUAACACCUUGAUCACGGGUUCAUAUGACACGACGGCAAAGAUUUGGGACAUCAAGACGGGAGAAGUGAUUCGGACGCUGAAUGGACAUACGAGCGGGAUCAGGUGUCUGCAAUUUGAUGACCGAAAGUUGAUGACGGGCAGCCUGGAUUCGACGUUGAAGCUCUGGGAUUGGAAGACUGGGGAGUGUUUGCGUACAUUCCCUGCUCACACUGACGGGAUCAUCACACUACACUUCACUCGGCGAUAUGUGGCGUCGGGAUCUCGCGACAAGACUAUCCGCGUGUGGGACUCGGACACGAAGGAGACCUAUUUACUCCGCGGUCACGGUGACUGGGUCAACAGUGUGAAGAUUGAUGAGGCUUCGCGGACACUGUUCUCUGCUUCAGACGACCUGACUGUUCGACUCUGGGAUCUCGACACCCACGAAUGCAUUCGUGUAUUCGAAGGGCACGUCGGUCAAGUUCAGCAAGUCGUUCCGAUGCCAGUCGAGUUUGAGCUCGACGAGCACUUCGCGGGACCUGGUGACAAAGAUGAUGAUGCCAGCAGUGUCAGUUCAGUGACUAUCGCGCCUUCACAUCGGGAAGUCCGUGAGUCUUUGGCGGCUUCCGAACCAUUUUGGCCGAACCAAAGCGAUCGUCCUGCACCACCGCGGUACAUGAUCACUGGCGCACUCGACUCCACCAUCCGCUUAUGGGACACUCACUUCCCCUGCGUCCGAACAUUCUUCGGUCACGUUGAAGGCAUCUGGGCGCUCUCUGCUGAUCACCUCCGCCUCGUGUCAGGUAGUGAAGAUCGCAUGAUGAAAGUAUGGGAUCCGCGGACUGGGAAAUGCGAGAGGACCUUCACAGGCCAUCAAGGACCAGUGACUUGCGCUUGGCUGAGUGAUAGCCGAGUUGCGAGUGGAAGUGAGGAUUGUGAAGUGAGGAUGCUUUGCUUUGGAGAUAUUGGAGAUGCGGCUUGA